GCUGCUGCUGCUGCUGCUUCAUCAAAUAAACUCAUCCUUUGAGGGAUCAAAACCUUUUAAAAGACUUUCCAAUCUCAUGAUACCAAUAACCAGAGUUCCAUAAUCACAUUCUUUCCUCCUUUAAACAAUGAAGCCACCAAUACCUCCAAUUUCUCACCACCUCUUCAAACCAACCUCUUCCAAUUAUUUUUUGUGCAACACCAGAUCACCAUCUUCACUUCAUACACUUGCUUCUCACUUUCUCUCAUCAGAUCUAACCUCAACACAGUCUGUACCAAAACCCCAACUUAAUCCCAACCAAAAUCCCCAAAACAAAGAACCCAUCAAUACCCAAUUGCCAAAUUCAUCAAAACAAUCAAAACCCAUCAACGAAACCACAUUUGGUGAUCUAGUCUCUUAUCCAAAGCCCCAAAUCAAUGAUUAUGGCAAUACCCACUUGCAUGAUUCAUUAAACCUACCGAAACCCACCAUCAGAAGAUUCAAAACCAACUUUAAAGGUUAUGUAUUUUGGAGCAAUGAAACUAUCAAUACCCCUUUGGGUGAUUCGUUUACGAAAUCAAAACGCAUCAUCAAAACUCUCGAGCCAAUCCUACCCAAAUUUACCUGGAAUAGGCCAUUCUCAGCCACAAAGUUACUCUCCUUUGUGGAACGUAACUCCUCUCCUUCCAAUCCAAUCCCUGUUGUUUCCACCGUAAGUUCACCAUCUGAGAGCUCUCCACCAAUUGAUGCCGGUUCUUCAAUCCGAAAACCAAUCAGUUUAUGGCCAGGAAUGUACCAUUCACCCGUGACAAAUGCACUAUGGGAAGCUCGAUCGAGCAUUUUUGAAAGACUUUCUAAUGCUCCAAGUGAAGCUCCUCUACCGAAUGAAUUGAUCACGAAAACUCCUUCACAGAGCCGGACUAGUGUUCACUACAAAUUCUCAUCUGAUUAUAUACUUAGAGAGCAGUAUAGGAACCCCUGGAAUGGGGUCAGGAUGGGGAAAUUGCUUGAGGACCUUGAUGCUCUUGCAGGAACCAUAUCCUUCAAGCACUGUUCAAAUGAGGAUAGCACAAGAAGACCCCUAUUACUGGUCACUGCUUCUGUGGAUAAGAUAGUUCUCAAGAAACCAAUCCAUGUUGAUACUGAUUUAAAGAUAGUUGGUGCUGUUACAUGGGUUGGGCGGUCAUCCAUGGAGAUUCGACUAGAAGUGAUUCGGUCCACAGAAGAAAUAUCUAAUCCCUCAGAUUCAGUUGCUCUCACAGCAAACUUCACUUUUGUGGCUCGUGACUCAGAGACUGGUAAAUCAGCUCUGGUCAACCAGAUCUCACCUGAAUCUGAACAAGAAAAAUUGCUUUGGCAAGAAGCAGAAGAAAGGAACAAAAUGAGAAAAAAGAAUAGAGGAGAACAUAAAAAGGUGAUUGAGGAUUGGGAAGUAGAUAGGCUCAACGAGUUGCUAGCUGAAGGGCGGGUCUUUUGUCACAUGCCAGCUUUGGCAGAUAGAGAUAGCAUUCUUAUGAGGGAUACUUGCCACCAAAACUCUUUGAUUUGCCAGCCACAGCAAAGGAACAUCCACGGUCGAAUAUUCGGAGGAUUUUUAAUGAGAAGAGCAUUCGAACUGGCAUUUGCAACAACUUAUGCUUUUGUUGGCAGCGUGCCAUGCUUUCUAGAAGUUGAUCGUGUCGAUUUCUUAAAACCUGUGGAUGUCGGAAACUUCCUCCUUCUCAAGUCUUGUGUUUUGUUCACUGAACUCGAGAACCCAGAUCAACCGCUUAUCAAUGUUGAAGUUGUAGCUCAUGUUACACGGCCUGAGCUCAGGUCCAGUGAGGUAUCGAACAAGUUCUACUUCACAUUCACUGUCCGUUCAGAGGCCAAGAAAAGUGAUAUGAGGAUUCGGAAUGUGGUUCCAGCUACAGAGGAGGAAGCAAGGCGGGUGAUUGAGCGUAUGGAAGCAGAAAAGCUUGAGAAGUUAAAUCAUGGAUGAGUUUAUCUUCUGGUGAAAUAAGGGAAGCAAAAAGCCUGAAGGGUCCUGCUGGAGAGUUCUAAAACUUGAAAGAUAUAUCCAUUUUGAAACACCUUGAAGGCAAGUUUUUGCAAGUUUAGCUCCAAAACAAUUACCUGUGACAUUCUGCUUAAACUUUUAGAUUGAAAUUAAAAGUGCUGUACAUAAAUAAUUACUCCUCUUCUUGAUGCACAUACGUACUUGAGGCUUUAAGAGUGCAUUUGGAUUGAGGUAGAUGGAAGGAUAGAAAAUGUAACGGGAAAGGUUAUAAUCACAUUUGGUUUAACAUAAGGAAAUGAAUGGAAAAAGUGGGAGCAAUUAACCUCUUAAGCCUCGAAAAUGAAGGAAUAAAAAGAAAAAGGUAAAUUACACUAACCUCCCUGUUGAAUGUCUAAAUAACAGGGACCUCCCGUUUGGUUUAAAAACUAACACUUGACCUUCCCUAUGUCAGUUUACCAAUGACGUGAAAUGGCAAUUAUACCAUGUACUUUUAUUUUUUUUUAAUGAAAAAUAUUUGUCUUUUCAA